ACAUUUUCCUGCAAGAAGAUCAAAGGUGAUAUUUGCGGCCAGAAAAGAAAUGAUGCCUUGGCAUCACUUUAGUCAAUUUACAAGCCUUCAAUGGGAUUUGGCUCAUGGCCCCAGGAAAUAUGAUAUUUCACGGUGAUUGCUAUGAUAUGCUGUGAUGUCUCAAAUCAGCGUUGAAUUCAUUCAUGUUAUGUUUUAUCACAAAACUGAAAUUGAGCAAAACUGAAACCAGCAAGAUGGUACUGAUAUUGAUCUGGUAGACGUAUUUUACAUGGAGAGCUGGGGAUGCCACACCUGAGUUGCUUGGGGCCGUUUUACAAAUUGGCACGUCUGAUUGUAAUUUAUUCAUUCAUAAUUAUUAUUAGUGCUUGGUCUACGCUACUUUCUUUCAUAUAGGUCGGGCUGACAAUGCUGUAGUCAAAGUCCCUGGCACUAAAUUGCAUGUUUACGGGAUACGUUGACUUUACAAUAUCCUGUGGGUGAGGAAAGCGAUUAAAGAUUAAGCUACAUUUAUACAACUCAACUGCAAGUCAUUUGUACACACAAAAGUUUCCCACAUGCACACACGAGAAGUAAAGCUGCAUUUCCACAAAACAACCAGGGGCUCUGUUGAUUAUUUAAUCUCUUCUCUAAUCUCAAACACUUUUUUUUAAAAAAGGGGGGGGGAGUUGUCUCAACAGUUGAUCAAACCAAAGCAUCACGUUUCCCACAAAUCUGCAUAGAUCCAUUCAAUGGCUGCCGCCCUUAUAAUAUAAUAUAUUGACAAAUAUUGUAUAGCCAACGACAUCAAAAUUAAAAAACUAGUUGAAACUUUGAUUUGCAUUGCUGCAAGGCGAAGCAAUGCAGUCGAGUACGUAUCUGAGGACGGUUUGAGCACAAAUGUUAGCCCGCGGCUGGGAAGCAGCAGACCGAGUUACAAGGAGAGAUCCAGCCGAGGAUGGCAUUAAGCUGACCCCAAGAGAUCAGGGCCGGGCAAAGUCGCUUACUCGACAACACCUGAUCAGACGAUGCAGUGUUGGGUAGCUUCUCAUCAGAACUUUACUGACUGUGACAGGGGUCAGAGCAAGGCAGAGGGAAAGCGAACAGGCGGGAGGGAGGAGGAGGAGUCCGGUAAAGAGCCACAACUGAAAGGCAUUGUGUCCCGCCUGUAUAGCCAACAUGGAUACUACCUACAGAUGCAGCCCGAUGGCACCAUGGAUGGCACAAGAGAUGAGAGCAGUUUAUUCUCGCAGUUUAACCUAAUUCCCGUGGGACUGCGGAUUGUGGCAAUCCAGGGUGCAAAGACGGGGCUGUAUCUUGCCAUGAAUAGUGACGGAUACCUCUAUACUUCUGAUCAUUUCACUCCAGAGUGUAAGUUCAAGGAGAGUGUGUUUGAGAACUACUACGUCACGUACUCCUCAAUGCUCUAUCGGCAGACCCAGUCUGGUCGUGCUUGGUAUAUCGGUAUCAACCGUGACGGCCAGGUCAUGAAGGGGAACCGGGUAAAGAAGAACAAAGGAGCCGCGCACUUCCUGCCUAAAGUUAUCGAGGUUGCAAUGUAUAAGGAGCCGUCGCUACAUGAGCUCACGAGUGAGCCCGUGAGUCCUCCACGGAAGACCACUAAAACAUCCGAUUCCCCGUCCUUAAAAAGUGGACGGAAAGAAGCUCCCAAGGCUGACGCCUCAUAGCACAGGAGACAGAGGGUGGGUCAGAGGGCAACAGUGACACAAAGUCACCCAUCAUGCACGGAUGACGGCUGCUGGGUGAAUGGCCCUCAUGGUGCGCUAUGAGAUGAAGGGUGAGCAGUCCAUCAGCUGACAUGAUGAGAGAGGAGUCCCACCCCACUUUUGUCAUCACAGAAUGACAGACCUGGACCCUGGCCGUAACUUUCACCCCCUCCCCACGCCCAUGCCAAUGUCUCUAAGCCAGCCCCUAUAAAUUUCUUGAUGCUCAGGCCCUUUCAUCAUCACUCAUUGUCACUAUGACACUUUUGUCUUUUCUCCCAUGCUUAUGCAGCAUUUUCUCCACCGCAAUUUGAUAUUCGCACAUUUACAAAGCAGUCUCGACUUCAUAAUCCUCACCCAUGAGUCCACUCUUGAUCCCAGAACUUGGGAACUGUGUCGCCCCGCCGGAUUUCGCCACACCAUCUGCCGAGCGGCUCGGCUAAUCAUCGAGGUCAACCGACGCUCAACGAGAGAUGAAACGGCUCAAAAAGUCGAGAUGUCAACUGGAAUCCCGGGUCAAAUCGGGUCACAGCAUGAUGAGGAUCCGGGAUAAAGUGAUGACUGAAUAUUAGAAUGUCUAUUCCUUGAACCACAAAUAUUUCUUAGCCAUUGUUUUGCUAAAAUGAAUUUGACAAUACAACUUAAAAUCCAUGACUUCCCAGUAAUAUUGAAACACUUAAAUACAGUAAAACCAUUCACUAAUCAUCCAAACACGACCCAUGCAAUCUUAAAUCAGAGUAACAUUGGGUCUAGAAAUCAAAAAGGUUUUAGACGGGAACAAAAUAUGUAUAUACCAGCUUUGAAACACCACGGGAUGCAUCCCAAAAAAAUGAAAAAAAACCGGCACAGACACAAAAACAGAAUAAGUGACAUUCUCUUUCCAGCCUUUCUCCCCAUCAAGUGAUCACUUAUCAUUAGAGAGCUAGCUCAAAGACGACACAUGAACAACUGGGUCAUAUUUUCAAUCCAGUGUGGAUCAGAACCAAGUCAUCUGAAACCGAGCGGAGGUGUAUACUUCACUCAGCAUCUGCUGUCAGCAUAAAGCCGGGUUUGAAGGCAAACAUCAAAGCCGGAGGAGCCUCCGAGCAGGAGCACUUGUUAUUCUGACGAUGUCUGGCAGCUUAUCCACCCUGCUCGCUUUAUCAAAUCACCUUGGAAGAAUCGCCCUCAAAAAUGGAGCUGUCUGAGUGGGUGUCUUGGUGGGACUGUGCCUUGUGUAGCCAUGUCUUUGACUCCAAGGAUGCAUGUUAUGCUUGGGGACGAGUGUCGGCGCAAGGGCAACCUUUUGUCAUACGUAGAGGAUAGGAAAAGGAAAAGCCAAUGAUAACUGCUCCGUCCCUGCAUAGCAAUCAUUUCAAGUAUUGUAUAGCAAAGUGAGAGUGGGGAGUACAGACCAGGGUGAUUUAGCUGUUACGCUGACAAAGUUGGCACAUUUUAUGAGUUUAUAUUUAAAAACAUCAGAUAUUCACAUCCCUAUCCACUUUACAGAGCACUGAAAGAAGCCCCGAGUGGUCAUAAUGCUGAAGGAUGCCCCCGCAAGUUGUCAAGACAGUCAUACAAUAUGUAAACAGACAGGGAAAAAAAAAAGAAUGUUUGGGGAAAAAAAUGACUGCUAAGACUGGCUUAGUAAAAGAAGUAAAGUAAGUAUGUGGAAGAAUUCAAGGAAUGUUUAAACAGGUUUGUAAAGUAUGUGCAUGCAUGAUUAAGAUUUGGGUAAGACAAGACAGAGCGUAGGAGAGAAAUAAAGGGCACAAGGAUCGAUAGAUACAGUUAAACACAAACAAGAGACUUGUGACGGUUGCAAAAAGACCGGGUGGUCUGCCAGAGAAAGCAAAAUCUUUCUGUUCACAAAAAAAAACCCUCAGAGGCCAGGUGUGUGGGAAAACUGACUUUCUUGUUUCUGCAGUGCAUUUCAAAACAUGCUCCUAUCCUGACUAAGUUAAAAAAAACUGCAUGAGCAGACAGAUGCUCUUUUCAGACAUACAUUAGAAGUUGAGGUGAGAUUCUUCAAACAAACCACCCCCGCUGCUCAGAUCCCUUGUAGAGUAAUCGACUAUGCACACCCUGGACAUUGCUUGAAACAUUCAAAUCUUAACUUACCAUCCCGAAGGAUGACAACCCACAAACCACCGGCGAGGCUUACAGACAAUAAAGAAUAUUAAACUGCCGUACAAGCGAGGAACAAUUGAGUUGAUGGACUUUUAAACCGCUGUGGUAAAUACAAAUCAUAACUGCAUUUUCCUCUAACAAAGACACGCUAAUAAAACUUGUUCAAUCUUGCAAGAAGUACUUCAAGUGAAGACCAGGGGAUCCCGAUUGCUGUAACGAAUAGCAAUGUUUAGAGAGCAGAGAUUACAUCCAUCACUUUGUCAAGAAAAAAAACCCCAACACAUCCAGGGACUAAUGUCAGAGAUUGUUUUUGAUUUACAUUCAAUGGAAUAGCGUCAAUUGUUUUGUUUAGAAAAGCAACACUUCAGUUUCCGUUCAAUGAAUCCAACUGCAAUAUGAUGUGAAAUGAAGAAAACAAUAAUUCUGUCUAAGAAGGAUGUUGAUUUAUUUUUGAUUGAUUUGUAGUUCAAGGUUCCACAAAGUGUUGCUUCCAUUUUCUAAUUUAUGCAAAUGUUAUAAAAUGAGUCACUAAUUCUAUUCACUCCAGUGGGGAAGCAGAAUAUGAGCACGGAUUAUGACCGAUGAUAGUAAAAACUACUCAUAAUUUUCACAGGCUUCAUAACUUGAAAUUAACCAUCUUUAUAAAGAAUACAGCUUAGCACUCCUUUAUCUCACACUUGCAGUCUUUUUUUCUUUAAAUGGAGUUUUUCUGACAACAAAUGGAGAGAUUCGAUGUGGUCUUUAUAAGCUAUUCAGCAGUGUGCUGUAUUAUAAAAACUGUGACUGUGUCAGAGUUCUAUCAUAUUUAAUGUAUGCUAUGUCCAUGAUACAUAUGAAUAAUGUACUAUGUCAAGUCCUUUUUAUUCUCUUUAUAGCGCUCAAUAUGUGUUGUUUGUUUUUGUUUGAUGAAUUGUGUUCAAUUUCCAAUGCAAAGUCUUCAAAUAAGUGUGGUCUCUCUUUUUGGUCUGUUGUCUUUUGUUUGCAAUGAUGCAUCUUUACAAAUGCGCCCCCCCCCCCUUUGCCCCCUCCCCCUCUACUCCCUUGCGUGACCUUCUUCCCAGCUGCUGUGAGACUGACUAUAUGUUUGUGAAAGAUGUACUCAAGUGAAAACACCACCAAAGCUCACAUGUGCCCUGUCAGAGCCAACAAUGACCUACGUGGGCUCAUAGUUCUGGUCACGCAUGUCUUCCAAAAGUUUCCUUCAACUGUAACUGUAACUGUUUCUCUCUGACCCCCCCCCCCCCCCCCCCCACACACACACACACACACACACCACCACAUCCCCCUCGGACUCUGGGUGUCUCAAUCUCAAGUCAAUCUUCUUGUCUUCCAAAAAAAAAUCUGAUGUUUUCAGAGAAAGAAUAGAGACGAUUUUAAGCCAUAAAGGAACUUGGACAUUGGCCUUGAUGGCCCAAAAAAAGAUGGUCUGGAUCUGCAGGCAUUAGACACACUUCAAGACAGCCAAUAAAACAACAAAAACUGGCUUUUUUUCCCCUUCCUCUUCUUUUUUUUUUUUUUUUUUUACAAUUCCAUAGGAAUGAAAACCAGCAAUAUGCAAUGGAACUUUUUACCGGUUUGAAAUCAAGGACGUGGAAAUUCAACAGAACUGCAAUGGAUUUGCUAUGGCAAUCUUUGAUCUGCAAUAAUACUUAAUAUCUCGAAUGACAAAUGCUUUUUUUUUUUCCUGAAAUAUAUGUCUCUGUGGUUUGACUCUUUGGGGAUGCAUCCCUCUCAGUAUCUAACACACACAAGGCCUCGAUUUACCCUCUCGAGUAACCUUCCAUCAUACCUGUGUCUAUUUCUACAACUCCUAUACCUGGAUUAAAAGGAGGCGCGCUAUUCUGGAAUAUUAUUCAAUAAAACAACAUAUAUUUGUAUUGCUGUAA